AUGACAGACCUAAAGACCGAGCCCAGUGAUCUUGGGAAGGUACCGAGGGAGAAGUACAAGUAUGAUGGAACUGGACUUGUUACACUGAAUGGUGUAUCUGGUGAUCUGGGGAAACUACUACGAGAUUACAGUGUGGAGGGUUUAAAUGGUCGAUUCUGGACUGACAAGUUGCUGCGGCAUAUUUUGACUCGAGAAAGAAUCAAGGCUGAACUGAAACGGCCUGAACACGGCUUCGACGAUCUCGAAGUCGAUGAAUACGUCGAAAAAAUCCACCCGCCAGACGUGAAACCCUCAGCAGACCGUACUCCACCAGGGGCAUUCCUCAAAGUUUUCGGAUUGCUGGCAUUGCAAGAGCGCUGCGGUGACAUUCGGCGUUUUGUUAAUGCAGGGUUCAAUGACCAACAACUGCCUAUCAAGAUUGAAAAUAACACAGUCUAUCCUCUAGCCGGAUCUGACCUACCCAUCGCAUGCUUCGAAGGCUGGAGAACUUCAGAGAAAGAAUACUUUGAAUCGCAUCAAUGGAGAAUUGAUACACCAUAUUUCAGCUCAACAGCGGACGAACCUUUCAUGAAGCACCACCUACAUAAAUCCGCCUGUAAACCGUGGCGUCGUUCCCGCGAAACAUGGUCCGAGGCUUGUGACGAAGUUUCAGAUAAUAUGGGAGCUUUUGGAAGGGUGACACGCGUCGAGAUUCACCCCACGUCACAUGCCUAUCAACAGCUAUUGAAGAGUAUGAGUAACGAACUUUGA